GUUAGUGGCAGUGUUGUGGUGUGCGUUAGUGUGUGUACGUGUGUGUGCGUGUGUGGUUGAGAGCCUCACCCACGUCACCCAGCGCACCCACAAUGGAGGAGGAGGCGUGGGAAAGCCCCCCGGAGGUUCCUAGGGGGCGCAACCCACUUAGAACCCACCCCAGCCCACGCCACACGCCCUUGAACACACACACAACACGAAGCAGGGACAGCUCACCUAACUGGAGUGACGUAUCAGAUCAUUCACCCCCUCGCUUCACUCCUACGGCGGCCCCACGCGGUUCCCCAGUGGUGGAGACACGGCUGGAAGGGCGCAGAUCCCCCCUCCGUGGCGGCAGAGGCAGAAAACCCCGUGGGAAACCCGAGGGAGGCGAUGAGACGGAUGCAGCAACAGCCAGAAUGGAGAUGCUUUGUCUAACCACCCAAGGAUUUGUCUUCAUCUUUUCAGUCCUCCAGGCGGUCCCCAUGAUGCUUGUAACAGGGGCAUGGCAGCAUCAGGGGCCGGAUGUAUGCCCCCUCUACGUCUCCCGCCCCCCAGGGUUCGGAAUACACUGGGGGAAUGAGGAUUUAGCUCCUUGUAAAGCAGCCGCGUUUCUUCCUGUCCUGGUGGCGGCCCUCUCUGUCACCCUGUCUGUCUCUCAUGGUUGUGUCUUGCAUGUGUGGCGUGUGGCAGGGCAGAGGCCAGUCACCAAGUCCUCUGCUGUCUACGCCAGGGUCACAGUGGUCCUGGUACUGCUGCAGGUUGCUGUGGCGUUCACGAGCACCAUUAUGCUGAGUGAAGGCUUCCGUCAAACCUGCAUCUCUUUUGACCUGGCCCUCUCUUGGAAUGAACAUCCCGACUCUUGCAAGAAUAGGCUGACUGAUAGAGACGAGGCCUAUCAGAUUUCCAGCACCUUCACCAGGCUCGUCAUAGGCCUAGUGGGGGGGUGGGGUGCCUGUGUUUUGAGCGUGUUCAUGGUGGUGGUCGCGUGUGUGAGGGCCAGAUUUUGCAAGUGUCAGCUGCUGUGUCUAUGAGGGUGUUUUUCGUGUGUUUUGGGGUGUUUUGGGGUGUUUUGGGGUGUUUUGGGUGUUUUGGGUGUUUUGUGUU